AAAAAGGCAUGGCAUACAAUUAAAACCAUGGUUAACUUACCAGUCAUCAGCCCCUUCAAGAAACGCUACUCAUGGGUGCAGUUGGCUGGGCAUACAGGGAGUUUCAAGGCAGCUGAUAGUGGGAAGAUUCUCAAACGCUUCUCAGAGAAUGAAAAGGAGUGUUUUGAGCGAUUGAUGAAAGACCCGCUACGCUCCUGUGUCCCUUGCUUCCAUGGUGUGGUGGAGAGAGAUGGCGAGAGCUACAUUCAGCUGGAUGACUUGCUUACUGAUUUUGAAGGGCCUUCUGUCAUGGACUGCAAGAUGGGGAUAAGGACAUAUCUGGAAGAAGAGUUGACUAAGGCCCGUGAGAAACCAAAGCUGCGUAAGGACAUGUACAAGAAAAUGAUUGAAGUGGAUCCUCUUGCUCCCACAGCUGAAGAGAAUGCCCAGCAUGCUGUCACCAAACCCCGAUACAUGCAGUGGAGGGAAACCAUCAGCUCUAGUGCCAACCUGGGCUUCAGGAUUGAAGGGAUUAAGAAGGCGGAUGGAACAUGUAACACAAACUUCAAAACUACGAAGACACAGGAGGAAGUUCUACAGGUUUUUGUGGAAUUUAUUGAGGGCAACACAACUAUUCUGAAAAAAUACCUCAAGCGUCUGCAGGAAAUUCAUAUCAUUCUUGAAUCCUCAGACUUUUUCAAGCAACAUGAGGUCGUUGGAAGUUCACUACUUUUUGUACAUGAUGGCAGUGGGAAUGCCAAUGUGUGGCUGAUCGAUUUUGGAAAGACCACCCUUCUUCCUGAUGGGCAGACACUGGAUCACAGGAUUCCCUGGCAAGAAGGCAACAGGGAGGAUGGGUACUUGUUGGGACUGGACAAUUUGAUUGGCAUCUUGGAAAGCAUCACUGAAAGAUGAGUUGAGAAUGGCACAAAACUUGCAGGGCUGCUCUGUAACUUUCUGCUCUACUGGGAUCACUCAGUUAGAAGGAAACCUUUAACUCCCUCCAAACUCCUGUGGUCAUCAGUGCAGAGGGAGCUGCAUCCAGAACCCAGCAGUUAGUCAUCAAAAUGACUUUGCAUCGGCCCUCUAUGAACCUGAAUAACUCCAGAUUGGUCUGUAUUGCAUCAGCCUAACUUCAGACUGGUCCUCAGAGAGUGAAGAUCUCCAUACUCAGGAAUCACACCAGCAUGAGUCAAGAGAUCUGUAUGCUAAACCAGAAUGAUUCUGAUUUCUGGCAAACCGAUGGGACUCAGAUUACCUCUUAGUGAACCAGAGCAAGUGUGUGGGGAUUCAGGCUAGGAAUAACAAUUUUUCAGGGAACUGCAUAGUUUUGAAACCAGCAAGAGAGGGUUUUUUUUCCCCCUAAUUCCAAGUCUCCUUGCUCCUGUGUACACUAUAGGUUGGACCAAUGACUUCUGCUGCAUUGUGUUACAGCGUGCACAAGGUGGAAGUAGGCGAUAAUCACAAGAAACCUGGAGCAAAGGGAGACAGCAGUUUGUAGUGGCUGGAUGUGGUAACUGCUGUUGACAACUCCUCCUCUUUUCUACCCUAGCCUUGAUUCACUUCUAUCCAAGAACAGCCUUUGCUUUUAUGUAGCCUCUCAGGAGAUUACAAAUACUCUAGGGAGAGAAUAGCAGCCUAUUGUCUCCAAAAACAUUUGACUUUCAGACUGGGUGGGCUGUUGGAAAAGUGCCUAGCUUGGCAAGUUUGGCCUUUUGCAGCUGAACUGCAGUUCUGAAAAUCAGUAAUGACUCUUCCGCACACAGACCAGGGAACUAAGGGGUUUUUUUCAAGGCUUGUUUAUUUUUAAAGAUAAAACCC